AUGGCCACCCCGAAGUCCGCGCAAUUGCAGGCUCCAGCCGCUCGCAAUGUAAACAACGUUGUGCUGGGCGAUCUCCUGUUCAAGCCAUGGAACCAAUCGAUCUACCCCGAAGAACUUGUCGCCAAGGAUGCCGAUCGACUCUACGUCUGUCGCUGGUGCUUUCGAUAUUCAUGUGACGGCGACGUAUUUGAGGAACACAAACGCGCCUGCGAGCAUCGCACGACCCCGCCCGGCACAAAAGUCUACGACUAUGGCGGGUAUGCAGUGUGGGAGGUUGAUGGGGAAAACCACAAACUAUUUGGACAAAACUUGUCCCUUUUCGCGAAACUCUUCCUCGAUCACAAGACGGUCUUCUUCGAUGUCGCAACCUUUCUGUACUACAUUCUCACCUUCACCGACCCUAACGAACCCGGCAGCUACUACGUUCUUGGUUUCUUUUCAAAAGAGAAACUCUCCUGGGAUGCGAAUAAUCUUGCCUGUAUCCUGAUCUUCCCGCCUUAUCAGCACAAGCAGCUUGGCAAAUUGUUGAUGGGAGUCAGCUAUAAGCUCAGUGGAUGGGACUCUCAUAAUGGGUGCAUUGGUGGACCGGAAAAGCCACUGAGUGAACUAGGUCAUAAAAGCUAUGUGCGUUUCUGGGCCGAGCGGAUUGCUAGAUUCUUGCUCCGCGGCAAGCCCGGUGAUGACUCCAAGCCCACCCCCAAAGGCUCUCGCAAGAGACCCUCGCAGGAGACCAUGACGGUUGAAGAAAUUGGUUUAGGAACUGGGAUGUUGACCGAAGAUGUGAUCACUGCCCUCAAGAGCAUGGGCCUCUUUGAACAGGCAUCUCCGAAAAAACGCAAAUCUAACCGCAUAGCGAUGGAGGACAACAUCACACCACCAGGUCAGAUGGUCACCAUUUGCAAAUCUGAUGUGUGGGAAUGGGCUAAAGCACAUCACCUCUCUUUUGUGGACCCAGUCAGCGAGGAAGGCUUUGAGGGACUUUGGCCUCCUAUUAUCGUGUCCCAGGAGAAUGGCCAAAGCACUACAGAAGAAGACUGA